AAAAAAUGGCGAUGCCUUUGCGUUUCUUUUUUCAGUCGCUUUACACAACACUUUAGCAACACAAAUUUUAACACUAAAAUACUGUACGAGCGGUUCUUUUAAUUAAAUUGCGAGCAGAAACCAAGGAUGCGCGGCGACUUAACCCCACAGACGUGCCGGGUCUGCCUGGAGCCCAGUGCGCGACUGCAGCGCCUGGACGAAUCCCGCGAAGAGGGCGAGGAGACGCCGAACGAGAUGUUGAUCCAACUCCUGGGUGCUUCGUACAGCAAGCUUAACGACAAGGAGCAGAUUCCGGAUGGCAUCUGCAAGUCCUGCAAAGUGGAACUCAACAUGGCCUAUCAGUUCCGCGAGAAGGCGCUCCGCAAGCAGGCCGAGAUCGAGGAAUACUGCCGGGAACUGGGCCUGCUGGAUGAGUCCGAUGACAUGAUGAUUAAGGAGGAGGAUGGCAUGCAGCUGCAAUGCGACGAUGAAAUGUACAUCCUGGAGGAAACCACCACCGGGGAGGAGGAGCAGCACGACGACAAGGGGCAGGAGGAGUACCUGGAGGUGGACGCCGGCGAGCAGCAGGAGUGCAUGGGCGACACCAUUGAGUACCUGGAGGACAACUACACCAUCGAUAUGAACCCCGACCAGGCCGAGAUCGUCCUGGAGGCCGAGAAGCAGUACGAGGAGACGCCCUCGCAGCAGCUGGCGCUCCAGGAGGCGGCCAAGGCCAGCCUGAAGGCCCGACGCGGUCGCGUCCGCCGUGGCUUGAACUCACUGACCACAUCCGACGGCACCGAGAAGGGCGGCUACAUCUGCGACGUCUGCGGCAACUUCUACGAGAAGCGCGGCCGGAUGAUGGAGCACCGGCGGCGCCACGAUGCCAUCUGCCAGUAUGCCUGCGAACUGUGCGAUGCCAAGUUCCAGGUGCGCGAGCAGUUGAGGAAGCACAUGUACUCCCACACGGGCAGCAAACCCUACAAAUGCAGUUUCUGCAGCCGACAAUUCUUCUACGAGAGUGUCCUAAAGUCCCAUGAGAAUGUUCACCGCGGCAUUAAGCCCUACGUGUGCAAGGUGUGCGACAAAGCUUUCGCUUACGCUCACUCGCUGACCAAGCACGAGCUCAUCCAUACAGACAUCAAGCUAUACCGAUGCGAUUAUUGCCACAAGGACUUCCGCCUGUUGCAUCACAUGCGCCAGCACGAGGAGACCAAGCUGCACCAGAACGCCGUGAUGCUGGCCGAGAGUAUGAAGAUGGAAAUGGUUGCCGUGGAUGAGGAUGCGCACGAGAUCCGAAUUCAAGCGCAUUGACGCAAUACAAUUUAAAAAGAUCUUUGUUUACUUUCUAUAUAACAUAUUACUGUAUAAUUCCCAAAUAUAACCCCACAAAACUUGUAGU